ACAGAUUUGGAUGUCUUCAUUUGAACUGCUACCGAAGUAAAGUUUCCUAAAAGUCCUAUAGAUAAUGUCAGGCAUGUAGAGGUUACAUAGGAUGUUCACUGGUGCAGGAGGCGCGUUGAGUCAUCCGCCACCGGAUUCCCCGACUCUCGAUUCAUCCAAGCAGGUCUACAUCUCCUCUCUCGCCCUCCUCAAAAUGUUCAAGCAUGGAAGAGCUAGAGUUCCCAUGGAAGUUAUGGGUUUGAUGUUGGGAGAGUUUGUUGACGAGUAUACCGUGCGUGUUGUGGAUGUCUUUGCAAUGCCACAAAGCGGGACCGGUGUUAGUGUCGAAGCAGUGGAUCAUGUUUUUCAAACAAAUAUGCUUGACAUGCUCAAACAAACGGGAAGACCAGAGAUGGUGUUGGGCUGGUACUAUUCACAUCCUGGAUGCUGUUGGCUUUCUGGUGUAGACAUAAACACACAGCACAGUUUUGAAGCCUUGAAUCAAAGGGCUGUAGCAGUGGUGGUCGACCCAAUUCGGGGUGUUAAAGGGAAGGUGGUGAUUGAUGCAUUCCGUUUGAUCAACCCAAAAACCAUGAUGCUUGGCCAAGAACCACGUCAAACAACAUCCAAUGUUGGGCAUCUUAAUAAGCCAUCAAUCCAAGCAUUGAUACAUGGACUCAAUAGACAUUAUUACUCUAUAGCCGUUAACUAUAGGAAGAAUGAACUUGAGGAAAAGAUGCUGUUGAAUCUUCACAAGAAGAAGUGGACUGAUGGAUUGACACUUAGGCGUUUUGAUACCCAUUCCCAAACCUAUGAACAGACUGUUCAGGAAAUGCUCAAUUUAGCAAUAAAAUUUAAUAAAGCCUUGAAAGAGGAAGAUGAAUUGCCUCCUGAGAAGCUGGCAAUAGCAAAUGUUGGGAAACAAGAUGCCAAGAAGCAUUUAGAGGAACAUGCCUCCAACUUGAUGUCCUCAAAAAUAGUUCAAAUUUUGAGAACAAUGCUCGACACAGUCGUGUUCUAUACCCUUAGCCUCCACAUAAACUUUCCAAGUUCAGGAAUUGCAUUUAUGUCGAUAUCAUCGAUAAAUUGUUUCAAGUGAACUAUCAAGUUGCCUCGCUAAAAU